ACCUUACCUCCCGCCUCGCUAAUGCGAGACGGGCCGCAUCGAUUUAUGCCUCCGAUGUCCGUUGGUAAGAAUCUCGCUCCGCCGCUCGUUCGAAUAUUCUUGCCAACCCUCCUCUAUUCGACCCUGAACGUCCCGCAUUCGUGUCGACAGGCUGAAGCCCCUCUCGCCCCCCUUCCCGCCCGUUUAGAUGGCGGUCGGCGCCGUCUUGGAGCCGCUGGUCGUCGUCAGCCUGCUGGCCUUUGGCACGAUCCUCAACCGCAACAACAGCUAUAGGUCCACCCGGUCGCCAUGGUCGUCCGUUCGCCCGAGUGCGUGGCGGGGCGUCAAAUACGGCUCAGAUCCGGAGCAGCAAUGUGUUGAAGCGGGCCACGGGAAAGACGACGAAUGCAGCCUGCUGUCGUCGACGUCGAGUAGGUCGAGCAGCAGCUCGGACAGGUUGCUGGCGGAGGAUAUCUUCGACAAGGCGAACAACAGUACCGCGGGGUGGCGACAGCGGAGAGUGCGAUUGCUGGGCUGGGAGAAGGAGGUGACCACGCCGAACACCGAGAUCUUCAGAGACCGCCUUCUCAGCUGGGUGCUCCAGCGGUUUCCCUUCCUGGUUGAAGUCUGGUACUGGGCCCUGAUAUACUGGGUGUACCAACUCGGGCGCGCCUUCACCGCCGUGACGCUGCAGACGUCGACGGUCAACGCGGCCCGCGAGCACGCUCUCCAAAUCAUCCACUUGGAGCAGCGCCUCGGCAUCUUCGUCGAGCCCGCGGUGCAGCGCUGGUUCCUCGCGAGCCCCACGCUGAUGCGGUGGACCAACCGCACGUACUCGUUCAUCCACAUCCCGGGAACCAUCCUCUUCCUCAUCGUUCUUUACCACGUCACGACCGCGCGGCCAAGGCGCAAGCUGGCGGCAGAACAACAGCAUCCACAACCCGACGGCGACCGCACAACAACACAGGCGACCCCAACCCCCGCCAACUGGCGCGACCUCGCCGCGCCGUUCGGCCCCGCCGUGUACGAGCGCCGGCGGCGCACCAUGGCCAUGUGCAACCUGCUGGCCUUCAUCGUCUUCACCUUCUGGCCGUGCAUGCCGCCGCGGCUGCUGAGCAAUCCCGACUACGAGGGCGAGCACGCGGCCGAGGCUAAGAGCUUCGGGUUCGUCGACACGGUGCACGGCGCCGAUGGCGACAGCAGCGUGUGGACGACCAACCGGUUCUGCAAUCAAUACGCCGCCAUGCCGUCGCUGCACUUCGGCUAUUCUUUCCUCAUCGGCCUCACGAUCGCGACGGUGCCGCUGCGGAAGAGAGGCCGCUUGGGUUGGAGGCGGCUCGCCAUCGCGGCCGCCGGCAUGGUGUACCCGGCGAUCAUCCUUGCAGCUAUUGUCGCGACCGCCAACCAUUUCGUGCUGGACGCCGUGGUGGGUGCCGGCGCGUGCGUCCUGGCCUGGCACUGCAAUGGUGUCCUGCUCAACCUGCUGCCGCUCGAGGACUACUUCUUGGCCAUGCUGAGGAUACACAAGCCGUGAGGUCGGAGAUUCCAAGGGUGGUCUCACCGGCAACUAUGGACGGGGCAUUACUGGUGCCGGACUGGGUUCCGGAGAGGAGCGCUCAGCUGUGCAUAAUUCUCGCGCUGCACUUGGGAGAGGCGUUAAUCUGGACUCCUGGUGGUUCGCAUCCCAGGAGGCUAAUUGUGAGCAAGGCCCGUUCUCAC